AAAGUAGGUAGCCGGAAGUAUACUAAUUUGAUGUAAAAACAAAUCUGACUGUCAUAAACAAACUGACGAUAGAAAUUUGAUAAUUAAAUAAUUGCUUUUAACAUGCCAGAAUUUCUCCUAUAAAUUUUAUACUCAGAAAUAAAAUACUUUUAAAUUAAAAUUUUGUUUUACAUCUUAAGAAAAUGAAAACAUUCAAGUUAUUGACGCAUAACAAAUCUUUUAGUGAGGAAAGCUUAGUGAUCAGUUCAAAAGAUGACCAGGGCCUCACUGUUGGAGAUGUUGUUGAGAUAAAUGCAGCUGAAGGAGAAUGUGGGAGCCCUAUUCUUCUGCAAGUUACUAUUGGUCCAGAGACACUGCAAAAAGGUUGCAUUAGUAUUGAUCAAUCAAUUGCUGCAAAUUUUCAGUUGAAGCAGUACAUGGAAGUUACCUUAAAAGUCAUUGAUAAUUUGAAAGAUAUUUCACUUGAUUCAGUAGAGUUAACUUUUAAAGAUCAGUAUUUGGCAAGAAGUGAUAUGUGGCGAUUGAAGACAUUUCUGAUUAAUAAAUGCCUGUAUCUUGAGAAAAAGUUAGAUAUUUUUGGAAUCAGGUGUCAAGUAUUUGAAAUGUAUAUUCAAGGAGAAAAGGUCGCAUCUGGUAUUGUUACAGAAGAGACCAAGAUAGUUUAUCGCUCUGCUAGCAGUAUGGUUUACCUGUUCAUACAAAUGAGUUGUGAAAUGUGGGAUUUUGACAUUAAUGGUGAUCUCUAUUUUGAAAAAGCCAUUGAUGGUUUCUUACCAGAUUUAUUUUCAAAAUGGAAAAAAUUGCACUGUAAUCAUGACGUUACUAUAGUUUUAUUUUCAAGAACUUUUUACGAUGCACAAUCCAUUGAUGAAUUUCCUUCAUACAUGAGAGAAUGUUUGCAAAGAGACUAUAAAGGAAGAUUUUUUGAAGAUUUUUACAGAGUUGCUGUGCAAAAUGAGCGAUAUGAAGAUUGGACUUCAACUAUUAUUUUAUUGAAAAAAUUGUUCAAUCAGUAUCAAGAUACAGUGUUAAAGUAUCAUGAAAAGGGAGGCAUUGAUGUCCCUCGUGCCAUUAAUUCUACAUCUUCACAAGGAAAUUUUUUAGAAGUUUUAAACAUGUCAUUAAAUGUAUUUGAAAAGCAUUUCAUGGAUCGAAGUUUUGAUCGAACUGGACAGUUAUCUGUAGUCAUUACGCCUGGUGUUGGCUUCUUUGAAGUUGAUCGUGAAUUAACUAUUAUCACAAAGCAAAGGAUAAUUGAUAAUGGUAUUGGAAGUGAUCUUGUAUGUUUAGGCGAGCAACCUUUGCAUGCCGUUCCUUUAUUUAAAUUUUAUAACAAACAACUUCCUAGAAAUGCACCAUCUGUAGCAGAUGAUUACAAUAUGCCACAUUGGAUUAACUUAAGUUUUUAUUCCAUUAAAAAUCAAAAUAUUUACAUAGAUUUUGUGCCCAGAAUAAAAUUACCGACAUUCCGUCCUGAAGCAAUUAAGGAAAGAGGAAAAGGAGCAUCACAAUCUAAAAGGUCUCGCCAUGCAAGCCAGCCUGAUCCGUCUUUUCCUGUUUUAUUUGAUUAUGAUGAAUAUGAUCGACAAGUCUUCAAAGCCCCUGCUCAUUCUUCUUCUGUUCGGCAAACUCUUAGUUUACAAAGACCCAGAAAAAGAAAAGAAACUCCACCUCUUUCAACAUCUUGUGUCUGUACCCACAGAAGUACUGAAGAAUUCAGUCGAUUGACUUUGUCAGAGCCUGCUCCAUUUCCCUAUCAGUAUUCCCAUUCUCAUGCUUCAUCGGCAGCUAUUGCUAUUCCACGUCAGUCACAGCAACCUUCUCUCAUACCCUCUUAUCAGAGUUCCAUUGAAGCUGAUAAUAUGCCCAACAAACAAGCUAUAAAGGAAGAACUAGAAACUGAAGUUACUCCCCAGCUUCGGACUAUAAUUGGUAGUGACCCGUCAUAUGAAUCUCAGUCCAACAAACAGUGUUUAACUAGACGUCUUAAAGCCUUAGUAAAUCCUUUUAAUCCUUCACAAAUAACUAUCAAAUUAACAUCUAAUCGAAGAAGAUGGACUCAUGUGUUUCCUUUAGGUCCAACUGGAAUAUUUAUGCAACAACAUCAUUACCAAGCGAUACCACAAAUUAGUGCAGCAACUUUAAUUUCAGUAGAAAAAGCUUCUCAUAGUUUUAGUUAUGAACUAGAUGCUCCAAAUGAAUACAAGCCUAGUCAUCUUAUGAAAAGAGAAACACAAUCCUCUACCAGUAGUAUGAGUUACAGUUUUGCUGAAGGACGACUAUCCAACUCAGGUGGUCGAGUGUCUUCUGGUAUCGCAAAUGAUAAUAUGUCUUGGUUAUGUAGCAUAACUGGAGAUCAAGAAUGGACACCUGCUGUAACUACUGGGGUUGAUUGGAAAUCCCUAGUCAUACCUGCUUGCUUACCAAUCACUACUGAUUACUUUCCUGAUCGAAGAAGUUUGCAAAAUGAUUAUGUGAUUUCAGAUUAUAUAUUACUUCCUGAUGACAUUAUAGCUGAAAAUGCUGUUCCAAAAUAUUUUCAAAAUGAUGAGGAUUUUGGUCGGCGUUCUUUAACCACUUCAGAGGUUUAUAAAGAGUUAAUUUGCCAAAGAUUGCAGCAAGGCUUUCAAAUCAUUCUUAUCCCAAAGCAACACAUAUCAUACCCAUUCAAUCAAGUUAGUUCAAGUCCCCAAUAUACACCACUUUUGUAUAAAGGACAACAGAGUGUUGAACAAAUGGAAGAGUAUUUACUAAGCAUAGGCAGAAUUUUCCAUAAAUUGUCUUUGGAAGGAUCAAAAAUAACAGUCACACAUUACAGACCUCGUCAUCCUCACAGAGAAAUAAAAAUCCAUUACUGUUACCGUUUUCAUGCUCCAGAUAGUGAUACAUAUGGUGUGUCCUGGGUAGAUUUUACUAGUGAAAGACUGGAAAAUUAUAACUGGAAUUACUUAGAUCAUUAUAUCUGCAAUCGAGGAGAAGGCGAAUUUGAAUUGAAAGAGUCUUUAAAGUACUGGAGGUUAAGGAUGUUACUACUACCAGCUGGUCAACCUGAAACAAAAAAAAUCAUCGAAGGACACGAGCGCUGUGACUUAUAUAAAAAAUUUUCUGAAGAAGAAAAACUUAUACAGCGGAAAAAUGUUUUAAACUUGCUAGAAGUGAUGAAUAAAAUUCGUAAAAUACCCUCGAGAAAACCAAAGCUAAAGCUGGCACACUUGCUUCCUCCUCGUCGAUCAAGUGUUGGCCAAGCUAGCCUCACGACGUCUGGAGCUUCUUCAUUUCGAGAAAGGUUAGCCAGUAACCAAGUGCAUGAUCGUCCUAGAAUGCGUAGCAAUUCUGCUAGAGGAGGAGCUCGAGUUGACCUAGUAUUGCCAUCCGGUCGUGUUUCUCCUGCUACAGAAGUAGAUGGAAGGAUUACAAUCUCAAAAUCGGAAAAAGCAUUAACAAGUUCCUUAUCUGCGGACAAUCCAGUUGACUUCUUUCCGGUUGAUUGCAAAAGAUUAAAUGAAAACUCGCCUGAAAUUGAUAUCAUACAAGCAAUGAAACACCCCCAGGAUGGAUUGAAUUUUAUUGCUAAAGCUGGAUGGUCAAAUUUUACAUUUAUUAGCUUUGAAGCUGUAACAUGGUUGAUAGAACAUGUUGAGGGUAUCCAGUUAGAACAACAAGCAAUAACAAUGCUGCAGAGUUUUCUAGAUAAGUACUUAAUUUCUCAUAUUUCAAGAACUACUAUACAAGAUUUCGUUCAUGGCUUCUUUUUGUAUUACAUAGUAGUACCAGAAGAUGAUGAAAAAUAUGAGAACUAUGAUCUAAAUGAGUACAGUGAAGAUGCUGCCCUUUAUUUAUUGCAAAGAGAAUGGAUGGAGGUUGAGUUCAGACCUGCAUUUUCUGCAGCAGCUGAAAAUGAAAAUUACAACUUUCCGUCUGAUGAAGAUAUCUGGAGCACUCCUUACCUGCCUAAUUCUAAACUAAGCCUCAAAUGUUCCAAUAUACAAAUUGAUCAAGGUACUAAAAGUGGAAGACAAGAAUGGGGUCAGUUACGUUACCAGAAUAUGUACAGGCCUUAUGAAGCUUUUGAAUUAGUAGUUGAAUGGAUGGUUGCUACAGGCAAUAAAGCUGCUGAAAUGGUUCAAAGCUGGGCUAGGAAAUCGACUCAGUUUGGUUUGCAGCUGGUACCGAUUCCCAGUGAUCCCUUUGCUUUACCCUUUUCUGAUGAUUCUGAUCCUUUAAGAGGACCCAUAUUCAUACCAUUAGAUUUAAGUUGUUUUAUUGACACAUCUGUUCAAGCUCUUGAUGAGGAAGGUUUAUUAAAAUUACAAGAAAAAAUUUUAUGCAAAUUUGGUUUCAUUCCUUACCGGAACCCCACCAAUCCUGCUAAUCCAUCUUCCUCUCCUCCUAGAUAUGUACAUGUCAGUGGUAGCAUGUUUGUUAUGCUACCGAUUCGGCGUAGAGAAUGUAAAAAAAGCAAUGGCAAAAACCUAUUACGGGGUAUAGACUUACAUCAGAUAAGUAGUCCACAUGAUGAAUAUAUUACCCGUCAUUUUAGUGGAGUGCAAAAUAGAAGACUUUCUGCUAUGAAUGCAGAACAUGAUUCUAAGAGCUUAGACUUACAUCAGAUUAGUAGUCCACAUGAUGAAUACAUUACCCGUCAUUUUAGUGGAGUGAAAAAUAAAAGACAUUCUGCAAUGAAUGCUGAAACGGAUACUAAGAUUGGUUUCCUGUGGUCUUGGAACUAUAUGAUCACAAAAAGGUGGAAAAACACUGGUACAGUUGAUGAACACUUUAUGAGAAAAGUAAUGCAUGACUUCAAGGCUUUUUGUGCUAAUCACGAUUCCCGCCUUGAAGAUUUUUGGAAGUAUUCAGAAAUGUCUGAUUUUAAAGAAGAUUCUUCAAUGGUUAUGGAUUUAGAGUCAUGAUACUAUCAUAUCAUUAGAUUCCAGCAAGUUGAGAAAUUCCUAAUCAAGUGGCUUUCCCAAUAUCGAUAUUGUGAUAUUAUAUGUUACUUAUGUCAUAUUUUAAUGUUAUAAUGUAUGUGUACAUAAUUCUAUUGACUUUUAUUGUAAAGUUUUAACAAUGCAAAUUAUUUUCAUAAUGUGUGCAGACUUAAAAAUUAUUGUAAAUUUUUAUACUUAGCCUGUAAUUAUUUUAUUAAUAAAGAGUUUUUAAUAGAUU